AUGUACCCCUCUUCACUGGGUCUCCACCCAAUGUCUGCACCUGUACUCAAGGGCUUCAUAUGUCCCCAGUGUAUGAAAUCUCAUGGAUCUGCUGAAGAGCUUUUCAAACAUUAUCAGGCAGUUCAUGAUUCUGGUAAUGAAUCAAGUCAUGGAGGAGAGGCUCUGAAACGAGAAGAUGUGAUAUUACUCCGACAAGAGGUCCAGGAUCUACAGGCUUCACUGAAGGAAGAAAAAUGGUACUCAGAAGAGUUGAAGAAAGAAUUAGAAAAAUUACAAGGGCAGCGGCAGCAAGAAUUAAAACCUGAUGGAUUGGCAACUGAUUCAUCAGCAGAACUCCAGUCAUUAGAACAACAAUUAGAUGAAGCCCAAACUGAAAAUUUUAACAUUAAACAAAUGAAAGACUUAUUUGAGCAGAAAGCUGCCCAGCUUGCUACAGAAGUUGCAGAUAUAAAGUCAAAAUAUGAUGAAGAAAAAGGUCUUCGAGAAGCUGCUGAACAGAAGGCAACAAGCUUGACAGAAGAGCUAAAGAAAGAGACAACUAUAAUUCAAGAUCUAAAGACUGAAUUGCUUCAAAGACCUGGUGUAGAAGAUGUUGCUGUUUUGAAGAAGGAGCUGGUUCAAGUUCAGACCUUAAUGGACAACAUGACUCUGGAGCGUGAGAGAGAGUCAGAGAAACUCCAAGAGGAAUGUAGAAAGCUACGAGCUGAUUGUGUUAACUCUGAGGUCACGAUAAGUCAGCUGAGAAAUGAACUUGCCAAAGGUCCCCAGGAAGUUGCUGUGUAUGUACAGGAGCUGCAGAAACUUCAAAGUUUAGUUAAUGAAUUCACUCAAAAAAAUCAGAAUUUGACUGAAAAGCUAUUGAAAAAAGAACAAGAUUACAUUCAGCUAGAAGAGAAACAAAAUGAAGAGUAUAUUUGUAAAAAGAAUAUUCAAGCAAACCUUCAUCAAAAAGAACUAGAUUGUCAACAGCUUCAAUCAAAAUUAUCUUCAACUGAAGCCUCACUGCAGAGGUUACAGGGAGAACUUGUUGAGAAAGGUGAUGUGAGCCAAAAACUUAAGGAAGAAUUAUCAGAAGUCGAGAGCAAGUAUCAGCAUCUCAAGGUGGAAUUCAAACAACUCCAGCAACAAAGAGAGGAGAAAGAACAGCAUGCUUUUCAGCUUCAAAGUGAGGUUAAUCAAUUACACAGCAAACUUUUGGAGACAGAACGGCAACUAGGAGAGGCCCAUGGCAGGCUUAAAGAACAGAGACAGCUCUCCAGUGAAAAAUUGAUGGACAAAGAACAACAAGUGGCUGAUCUACAGUUGAAACUUUCUCGUUUAGAAGAACAGUUGAAGGAAAAAGUGACAAAUUCCACUGAGCUGCAGCAUCAGUUAGAUAAAACGAGGCAGCAGCAUCAAGAGCAGCAGGCCCUACAGCAGAGCACUACAUCAAAGCUUCGGGAAGCCCAGAAUGAUUUGGAACAAGUACUACGUCAAAUCGGAGAUAAGGACCAAAAGAUCCAAAAUCUUGAAGCCUUGCUACAGAAGAGUAAAGAGAACAUUACAUUACUUGAAAAAGAGAGAGAAGAUCUUUAUGCAAAAAUUCAAGCUGGUGAGGGAGAGACUGCUGUUCUUAACCAGUUACAAGAGAAAAAUCAUACAUUACAAGAGCAGGUAACUCAACUCACCGAAAAGCUGAAAAAUCAAUCGGAAAGUCACAAACAGGCCCAAGAGAAUUUGCAUGAGCAGGUGCAGGAGCAGAAAGCACACCUACGAGCCGCUCAGGACCGUGUUCUUGCCCUAGAAGCUAACAUUAGUGAAGUGAACAGUCAGUUAAAUGAAAGUAAGGAAAAGGUCUCCCAACUGGACUUGCAGAUUAAAGCAAAAACGGAAUUAUUGCUGUCUGCAGAAGCAGCAAAAACUGCUCAACGAGCAGAUCUUCAGAAUCACUUGGACACAGCUCAGAAUGCAUUGCAGGACAAGCAACAGGAGUUCAAUAAAAUCAGUAAUCAGUUGGAUGAAGUAACUGCCCAGCUACAUGACAAGCAAGAACACUGUACCCAGCUGGAAGCCUCCAUUAAGGAAUUAAAAGAGAAAAAGCUCUCUUAUGAACAGAGAGCUGAAGAAUUAGAGGGGCAAGUAAAGAAACUGGACAAUGAUAUUCUUGAAAUUAAAGCAAGUAAAGAACAAAUUACACAUGAUCUCCAAGAGCAAAGGCAGGAGAAUGCAGAAUUAAAUCUCCGAGUUGCAGAGCUGAGUCAACAGCUGGAAGCUGAGAGAGAAGUUGUCUCCAAUGCCCAUUUGGAUCUACGGAAAAAAUCUGAUGCCUUUGAACAUGCAACCCAAAUGCUUUCUAAAAAUGAAGAAGAAAAAGCAGGUCUUAAGCAAGAACUUCAGAAAUUACAUCAAGAUGCAGAGAAUCGACAUAAGGAACUGGACAGCAAGGUUCAAGUAGCACUGACAGAUUUACAGCAAGUGAAGAAAGAGAGGGACAGCUUAGUAAAGGAACUUUCUACGACCAAAGAUAAAUUAUUGAAAACCUCAGAGUCUCUGAAAGACACAAAGAAUGUAAUCGAAAAGGAAAGGCAGAGUGGAAAAACAGCUUUAGCAGAAUUGGAAAAGACUUGCAAGGAAUUAAAACAUCAACUUCAAGUACAAACUGAAAGUUCUGUAAAGGAAAAGAAUGAACUGAAGAAGUUAUUUGAAAAGGAGAAGGAGGCCACUCAGCAGUUGAAGUUGGAUCUCAGUUCUACACAGGAACAAAUCUUGCAUGCUCAAAAUGAUUUAAAAGAAAAGGAAAAAGAGGAGCAACAACUUCAGGGGAAAUUAAAUUCACUAAAGCAGUUGCUUGAGCAGAGAAAGAAGCAGACUGAAGGACUCCAAGAAGAAAUAAAAAUUACCCUCUCCCAGAAGACAGAGCUUGAGACCAAACUACAGCAGCAGAUAACACUGUCAUCCCAGGACCUUGCAGCAGAGAGAGACAAAAUCUCGGCAUUACAGAGCAUGUAUGAAAAGAGUCAGGAAAACCUCAAACAGCUUCAGUCUGACUUUUAUGGGAAAGAGUCGGAGCUGCUAGCAACAAGACAAGAUCUCAAGUCAGUAGAAGAAAAGCUCUCUCUGGCUCAGGAGGACUUGAUUUCAAACCGAAACCAACUUGGAAAUCAGAAUAAAAUGAUUCAAGAACUUAAGGUUGCCAAGACUUCUUUGCAGCAAGAUAUGGCCAAAAAAGAGCAGCAGUUACAAGAGCAGAGGGAAACACUACAGACUAUGCAAAAAGACAAGUCCCUGAAAGAGAAAGAACUAGCUAAUGAAAAGUCCAAAUUGAUGGAAAUACAAGAAAUUAAGGGUAGACAGGAAAAAGAAAUUGCCAAACUGAGUGAGGAACUUGGGUCCUGCAAGCAAGAAAGCCUAAAGGAAAUAACAAAUCUAAAAGAUGCCAAACAGUUAUUGAUUCAACAGAAACUAGAACUACAGGGCAAAUUGGAUGCCUUGAAAUCAACUCUCGAACAGGAAAAGAAGAAACAACAAAUAGUCAAAGAUCAGUUAAAAAAGACUGAAGAUGAUCUAAAGAAAGAAUUCACUGAGAAGGAAGCUAAACUGCACACAGAAAUAAGAGAAAAAGAAGAGAAAAUUAAGAAACAUGAAGAAAAUGAGACUAGACUUGCCAUGCAAGUGACAGCUUUGAAUGAAAAUUUGGGCACAGUAAAGAAAGAAUGGCAAGCCAGUCAACGGAGAGUUAGUGAACUAGAAAAACAGAUAGAUGACUUACGGGGAGAAAUUGCAGUAUUGGAAGCAACUAUUCAAAAUAAUCAAGAUGAAAGGAGAGCAUUGUUGGAAAGGUGUCUUAAAAGUGAGAGUGAAAUAGAGAAGCUUCAAGCCAAAGUACUAGAAUUACAGAGAAAACUGGAUAAUACAACUGCAGCCGUCCAGGAAUUAGGCCGAGAAAAUCAGUCAUUACAGAUCAAACAUACGCAAGCUUUAAAUAGAAAAUGGGCUGAAGACAAUGAAGUACAGAAUUGUAUGUCCUGUGGGAAAGGCUUUUCAGUUACAGUGAGACGGCAUCAUUGUAGACAAUGUGGAAAUAUCUUUUGUGCUGAAUGUUCAGCCAAAAAUGCCUUAACUCCUUCUUCAAAGAAGCCUGUUCGUGUCUGUGAUGCGUGUUUCAACGACUUACAAGGAUAACUAGUUAUCAUGUUCAUCACACCAGAUUACACUAAUAGAGUUUUAAUAAAUGCACUUCAUAGAGUACUUGGACUACUACUUGAUUUGGACGGUGGUUGUAAUACUUGGCAAAAUUGGUAUAUUUUGAAAUGUUUAUUGAUAUCAAGUAAAACUCUUCUAUUUUUGUGAGA